CUCUAUGCUCCUAAACAUGGCGUAUCACAUUCAUCUGUCAAUUCCGUAUAUAAUUUACCCAUGUAACUAAAUAAUCAUUGUUUCUAUGUUUCUUUCAGGUCGUAAUUACAUAUAUAUAUACAUUUAUACAUAUUCUACAUUACUACAUCUAUUCCUUACAUGCAAAGCUGUCCAGUUCUACAUAUGCCAUUUCGCCUUACUGGUUGACCGUAUGCGGACAUACUCUACUAAAUACUCUUGUUCCAUGUCUAGAAUACCUGUUCCCCAUUUCUUCUACACGGCUCUCUUGUGGACUUUUUAUAUUAUCUGUUUAACUGUCAUUCACACGUUUGUUCCUGAUGUUUCAUCUUUUUCUUUUUCAAUAUUACCGUUUUCCUCCCUUCAGUUCUACAAUAUGCCACAAAUAUUGGUGGUCCGAUCCGGUGUACUCUGUGAGGACCUUGCUCUCCAUAACUUUACAUAUCGGAUAUGGACUCGUGAUUAAUAUAUCCACCUUUGAGCCUCGUCCCCUCGUACAUGUACUUCCACCCUCUGUAUAAACGGGAAACAAACCUAUACUAACGAUGGCUUCCGCUAUUUUCUUUCCCCUCUUGUUCCAGCCCUCACCCCCCCCCCCCCAAAGUGGUGACUUUCCAUUUAAGUCUCCCGCCCAGAGGAUUCCUAUCCAUUUCUUAGCUUUAACUAUAUCUAAGAUUUCUCUUAUUCUAUUAUCUGUUUCUAUGUCGUCUAUAUUUGGUGAAAUAUAGCUACUAACAACCAGAAAAUCAUUAUAAUUUAUAGCCACAAGUCCUAUGCUUUGUUUUAUGGCAUUUAUUUUCGUUGCCUUCGCAAUUCCUGUAUCUGUCACCCAUAUAGCCGCAUCCCCCUUGCUAUCAUUAUGCCAGUAGUCUAAGCUCCUAUUUUGUUCAGAUAUUAUUACUAUAUCUACGUCCCUUUCUUCUACUGCUUUACUCAGUAAGUCCUGCGCGGCCUUACAUUUAUUCAGAUUUAUUUGUAGCAUCUUUAUAUCGAAUUUUGUACUAGUUUACUCCCGCUUAUCGCGUCUUUGUACACCGCACACCUUAUCGACCCUGCGAUAUGGCUUACCGCAUUCCCCGUCAGUCCCUUAGCCGUACAGAGUCUACAAUGGGACCUUUCCGCCUUACACUCCGACAUAUUAUGUCCUUCUAUGCCACACCUUCUACAUAUAAUUUUGUCGUCUUCCACUGCUGCGCACCGCGCAUUUAAAACAUCUUGUUUUACAACUAUUGUGGCAUUUAAAACAUCUAAUAAUAUCAGGUAGCUGUCGUACCCUACAUCUUACCCAUCCUAUUUUUAUUUUACCCUCCUUAAUUCUUUCCUGUAGCUCUGCAGGCCCUUCCACAAUUGCUAUUUGUGUUCCCAUGUAUGCCUUUCGCAGAGAUCUGCAUUUCAUUUCCUCUAAAUUUAUUUUGGAAUCUUUGGCUAGUGCCUCUAAUACCUCUUCCAUAUCUGCUGUCGGGUCUAUAUCCAAGACUUCUAACUUUAUUUUUGGUACCAGUCUUUUUAUGCCUGCUUCCGGCCCUAGUACUUCGAUUGCCUUAUCCCUAAAUAUGGUACUAUCUGUUUUCUCAUUGAACUCGACUAAUAGGUCUCCCGUUCUAGUUUCCCUAAUUCUUUUUAUACCCUCUAUAUCGUUUCCCAUUUUAUUCUUAAGUGAUUUAGUCACUUCUGCAAAAGUCUUUUCUUUUUCGACCCUGAUUGUGACCGCCUCACCCUUCUUAUUCUGUAUCUUUCUCUUAUUUUUUUCCUCACUCCUAUAUUCUACCCCUGUGUCUUCCUUUAUACUAUCUAUUCUUUCCUUCCCCUUUUCUUUUUUCUCUGUUUUUCUCUUCUUUCUUUUUGCCGUCUCCCAUUCGGACUCCGACGACUCUUUAUUGUUUGCUUUCCUUAUUAUCUGGAUAUUUCUAAUAUUAGGCAGUAUUCUAUUACUUAUCGUAUUUGUUUUUGUUUUCUUUUUCAUUGUUUCCGUCUCCGGAGGCGUAAUAUCUUUCCUCUUAUUUAAAUUUCCUUGUAACUCUUCCCCAUUGUGUUCUUGUCUGUUUCUUUUCAUACUUAUUUGUUCCAUUAGUUGCUUGUGUAUUUCACUAUUCGAUUUUUCCUUUUCCCUUUCUUUUAGUUUUUCUUCUCUGUAAAUAAUUGUCACUGCUCUUGCUAGAUCUUUUGCCUGCGCCAGUUCCUUUCCCAUUUUUAUGCUUGUAUUUUUAGCGUCUAUAUUUGCAUUUCUCAUUCUGCAUAAGUGUGCAUUUACUGUCUCAUGGUAUUUCUGCAGCAUUUCCAAGAUUUGGCACAGUGAUGACAUAGAUACUCCUACUCCUCCCAUCUCUUCGUCAUAUUGGAUUAACUCCUCGUUUCCUCUGUUAAUCUCUGUUCUUGUCUCUUUCUGAGUUCCCUUGCUGUAUUCGCUCGUAUCCGUAAAUGCAUUGUCUUCUUCGUCUCCGGUAAACUCAACAUCCGUUGCCAUUAUUUCCUCGCUGGCUCUAACCGGACUUCUUGACAACAUUCUUACUGGCCUAAAGAUCGCCAUCAUCUCCUUUGUCUUUUGACUGAUAUUUUUCUCCUUAUCUUCCAUUAUUGGGGGUUGGUCUGGUACUUUAAAGUCCUCUCCCUCCCUCAUAAUGAACUCUCCUUUCUACCUUUACUCGUAUCCUUUUUAUUGCCCGAGGUCAUCGUCGUUUUUUCCCGUCCUGUUACUUUUUGUUUUUAAGAGUUUAAGUUGUAUUCAUUCAUUUGUAUCCCACGAGUGUGGUCGGAAUUAAACAUCAGCCUGCGUAGAGCCGCCUUGCGCAGGUAAGCCUUUAUUUCUCGGAGGGGGGGGACGGCAGGUACCCCCGAGGGGCCGUUCGAGGCUACACAAUUUCAGUCCCUGUAGCCAUGAGCCUAUCGGCAUGGUACCUCACACCUUAAGCUAGGACUUUUAGUCUGAGUCCGGUCCGACCUGUCUAUUUUUCGUUCCGUGCCAUGUAACCCGUAGAUAUAGAAAUUACAAAUAAAGUUCUUGUUAUAAAUGUUUUUAGUUUAUAUUUUCUUCCUUUUUUUGUUUUUCUCUUUAGGUUUACACCUCUUCCUGUUAUGCUCAUUUGUAUUUGGCGGUUCCAGUCAUGCGCACUCACGCGAGUUUUACGAUGUAUUACUACGCGGGUAGUUACGCACUAUUCCCACCCCUGCUUUUACUGUUUCUUAUGCCAUUCAUAGUUUACAUAAUUGCGUUUUAUAGAAUGACUGUAUUCUGUGUUUGCAUCACGUCGUGCUCGUGUUAUAGUUUUAUUGUCUGCCUCAUUUUAUUUUCAAUUGCCUGUUUCGUUUCUCCGUGUGUUUUCUUGAUAAACCUACAUUGUUUUUAGUGACCUAAGAUUUUUUUUUUUU